CGAGGCUCGGGCUGGGGCGGGGCGGAGCUCGACUUAGGUAACCUUGGUGGUCCGCUGCUCCAGUCUGGCCGCUCGGUUUUCGUGCAUCUUGCUUCGCUUGAUUUCUGGUUGAAAGAUCGCCAUGGCGCUGCGUGCGGCCGUGUUCGAACUGGACGGGAUCCUGACUCUGCCUUCGGCCACCAGUUUCUGGGAUCGCGCCGAGGAGGAGCUGGCCCUGCCCAGAGGCUUUCUGAGUAAAGCUUUCCUGAGAGGAGGCUCGGAUGGUCCCAGCAUCCGUGUGAUGAAAGGAGAGAUCACAUUUUCCCAGUGGGUGCCGUUCAUGGAAGAAGACUGCAGGAAGUGCUCCAAGGACUCUGGAAUCUGCCUCCCAGAGAAUUUCUCUAUAAAGCAAAUCUUUGAGAAGAUACUUUCAUCAAGAAAGAUCAACUACCCCAUGCUUCAGGCAGCUGUCACUCUCAGACAGAAGGGAUUUACAACCUGCAUCCUCACCAACACCUGGCUAGAUGACAGCGCAGAGAGAGGCAGCCUGGCCCAGAUGUUGUGUGAGCUCAAGCCACACUUUGAUUUCUUGAUUGAGUCAUGCCAGAUUGGAAUGGUCAAGCCUGACCCUCAGAUCUACAAGUUUGUGCUGGACACCUUGAAGACCAGCCCCAGUGAGGUGGUUUUCUUAGAUAACUUCGAAACUAAUCUGAAGCCGGCCCAUGAGAUGGGGAUGGUCACCAUUUUCGUCCACGACACUGAUGCAGCCCUGAAGGAGCUAGAGAAAGUAACCGGGGUGCAGCUUCUCCAAACCACAGCCCCCCAGCCCAUCUCAUGUGAUCCAAGCACCAUGACCCAUGGAUACGUGCCCAUAAAGCCUGGAGUGCGUCUGCAUUUUGUGGAGCUGGGCUCCGGCCCUGUCGUGUGCCUCUGCCAUGGAUUUCCUGAGAGUUGGUUCUCUUGGAGGUAUCAGAUCCCUGCUCUGGCCCAGGCGGGUUUCCGGGUCCUAGCCGUGGACAUGAAAGGCUACGGAGAGUCAUCUGCUCCUCCUGAAAUAGAAGAAUAUUCCUUGGAAGUGUUAAGCAAGGACAUGAUCACCUUCCUGGAUAAGUUGGGCAUCUCUCAGGCUGUGUUCAUUGGCCACGACUGGGGUGGCAUGCUGGUGUGGACCAUUGCUCUCUUCCACCCUGAGAGAGUGAGGGCAGUGGCCAGUUUGAAUACUCCCUUCAUGCCGUCAAAUCCCAAAGUGUCCACCAUGGAGAUCAUCAAGGCCACCCCCACCCUCAAUUACCAGCUCUACUUCCAGGAACCGGGAGUGGCUGAGGCUGAACUGGAAAAGAACCUGAAUCGGACUUUCAAAAGCUUCUUCAGAUCAAGUGAUGAGAUUUUCAUCACCCUGAGCAGAGCCUGUGAAAUGGGAGGACUCCUUGUGAACACCCCAGAGGAGCCCACCCUCAGCAAGAUGGUCACUGAGGAGGACAUCCAGUUCUAUGUGCAGGAGUUCAAGAAGUCUGGUUUCAGGGGGCCUCUAAACUGGUACCGAAACAUAGACAAGAACUGGGAGUGGGGCUUCAAAGGCUCAGGGAGGAAGAUCCUGAUUCCGGCCCUGAUGGUCACCGUGGAGAAGGACUUUGUGCUCACUCCUGAGAUGUCCAAGCAUAUGGAGGACUGGAUUCCCCACCUGAAAAGGGGACACAUUAAGGAUUGUGGACACUGGACACAGAUGGAGAAGCCCACCGAGUUGAAUCGGAUCCUCAUUGAGUGGCUGGAGACUGACGCCCGGGACCUGCCAGUGGUCUCAAAGCUUUAGGGUGUGAUGUGUCAGCUGCCAGCAGGCGUUCUGACCUCUUCAUCUGCUGGGGCACUGCUCUGGUACCCACAUGAAGCUUUACAUGUGUCUCUCAGAACCAGCAGCAUCAUUCCGAAGGGGUUUGCAGCCAAGAAUGCUUUUUUUUUCAAUGAAAUGAGUCAAGUCUGACCUAAUUGUAGACAUGGGAAAAAUCACAUGUGAUUAAUUCUCUGGGUACAAAGGCAUCAAUUUGUCUCUAAGGGUGGUUAGUGUUCUGUGGAGGACAGAAUGAGAUGAUCAGGGGGUGAUUUCUCUUUAACGGAUCAAUUCACUAUUUUGAUUAUGCAGAAUCAGCAAUUGAGACGCUUUUCAGCAGAGAUGAGAGCUCCUUUAUUCAAUAAAGCAAAGGCAAUGAUGAUA